UGCAAACGCCAUCCUGUCCCUGUCACUUAAGCUGCUUUCUCAGGGGAGAUCAGCAGCACUCUCUGGAGGGCCUGGAUGGGCCAAAUGGAUGGGGAAACCCACAGCAGGACUCCUGGGGAGAUAAACCUGGAGCAGGAUUCUCGAGGAGAUAAACCUGGAGCAGGACCCUUGGGGACAUAAACCUGCAGCAGAAUUCCUGGGGAUAUAAACCUGGAGCAGGAUUCUCAGGGAGUUUAACCUGGAGCAGGACCCUCGGGGAUAUAAACUUGGAGCAGAAUUCUCAGGGACAUAAACCUGGAGCAGGACCCUUGGGGACAUAAACCUGGAGCAGGAUUCUCAGGGAAUUAAACCUGGAGCAGAACUCCUGAGGAGAUAAACCCAGAGCAGGACCCUUGGGGAUAUAAACCUGCAGCAGAAUUCCUGGGGACAUAAACCUGGAGCAGGAUUCUCAGGGAGUUAAACCUGGAGCAGAACUCCUGAGGAGAUAAACCCAGAGCAGGACCCUUGGGGAUAUAAACCUGGAGCAGAAUUCUAAGGGAGAUAAACCUGGAGCAGAAUUCUUGGGGAGAUAAACCUGGAGCAGAACUCCUGGGGAGAUAAACCUGGAGCAGGACCCUUGGGGAUAUAAACCUGCAGCAGAAUUCCUGGGGACAUAAACCUGGAGCAGGAUUCUCAGGGAGAUAAACCUGGAGCAGGACUCCUGGGGAGAUAAACCUGGAGCAGGACUCCUGGGGAGAUAAACCCAGUGCUCCAGACGGUGACAGAGCAGCACCUGCCCGUGACACAGAGCUGCCUCUGGAGGAUGCUGAGGGCUCCUGCUCCCCCCUGCCCGGGGCUCAGGCUGACCAGGAUGGGUUUGUUGAGGUGCCCACUCACCUGGACGAAGGACAACAGCGUUUGGGACUGAGGCAGCUCCUGGAGGUGCAGGCACCCUGCAGCCGGAGCAUCCUCAAGCUCACUGCCAUGGAGGUGAAGUGGAUCCACUUCUUGGUUCUCUUCCUCUUCCUGCUGUCCGUGGCCAUGACCGGCUGCUUCCUGUGGCAGUACAGCCUCCCCAAGGCACAGCCCAAUCCCUCAGUGAUGGAAGUGAGGUCAGAAGCUGUGAAGAUGUGUCCCCGCUAUCCCGAGCCUGUCCCACUGGAGCACCCCCUGCCCAUCCUGAAGGAAGCCCUGGAGAAGGUGGAUCAGAUGCUGCGGCAGAGGAUGCACAGCUCGGGGCUGCCGGCCAUGUCAGCCAUCGUCAUCUACAACGACACCGUGCUCUGGACGGGCAACCUGGGCAAGAAGAACGGCUCUGACCCCGCCUCAGGGCAGCCCAAUGAAUACACCAUCUACAGAAUUGCCAGUGUCUCCAAGAUCUUCCCCACCAUUAUGUUGUACAAGAUGUGGGAGGAAGGCAAAGUCACAUCCCUUGACGACCCAUUGGAGCGUUAUGCCCAGAACUUCGUUAUUAAGAACCCUCUGGGGAGGCUCAAGGACUCAGAGCAGAAAUACAAAGGAGAUGGGCUGGUUUUUUUGGAAAAAGGCUCGAUGCCACUGAAGCCAUCCCCGGUGACCCUGCGCAGAAUGGCCAGUCAGCUCUCAGGUCUGCCCAGGAGGCUGCGGUCCACCAGCCUGCUCUGGAAGGGCAGCACGCAGGAUGCCCUCGCGCUGCUCAAAGACGACAUCCUGGUGGCUGACCCAGGAACCAGAUGCCACUACAGCAACCUGGCCUUCUCCCUGCUGGCCCACGUGCUGGCCGAGCACGCCGCCGAGGGGCAGUACCAGCGCUGGGUCUCGGAGCACAUCCUGGAGCGCCUGGGCAUGGAGGACACCGGCUUCGACAUGACGGCGCCCGUGCGGGCCCAGAUGGCCGUGGGCUUCUACGGCAGCCGGCAGCCGGCCCCGCUCUACGACCUGGGCUGGUACCGGCCCUCUGGGCAGAUGUACUCCACGGCUGCCGACCUGGCCAAGCUGGCCAUGGUGUUUUUGGGCACCUACCACCGCCGGCUGCUGGAGCCCGACACGGUGAAGACGAUGCUGACGCCGCUGUUCAAGUGCUCUGGUGAGUAUUUCGCCAACAAGACAGGCACGCCCUGGGAGAUCAACGAGCAGCUGGGGUAUGAUGUCAUCAGGAAGGAUGGGGACCUUGAUGGCUACUCAGCAACCUUCUCCCUGGUCCCCAAGCUCCGCCUGAGCUUCAUCGUGCUGAUGGCAGGGCCCAGACCCCAGGGUGGGGACAUUGUGACCCAGACCUACGAGUAUCUCAUCCCUGCCAUGGAGACAGCAUUCAGGGAGGCCGACAAAAGCAUUGUCCCUCCUCCAAACCCAAUCCCUUACGUUGGCUACUACACGUAUUCCAACCUGACUUUCUACGAGAUCAAAGUUGGGAUUGGCGGGGUGCUGGUCAUGCAGCAGUUUGGGCCUCACGUGGAGCAGCUGAUCCCCGAGAAGUACCGGACAAUCAAGCUCCACCACCUGGAAGAUCGCGUUUUCCAAGUGGUUUUUGACAAGGAGUUCCCGUGCGUUCUGCACCUGGGCUCUGCCUCCAUCUCUCUGGAGACGCAGAACGGGCAGCUCUUCAACUUCUACCCCUUGGACCGCCAGGGUUUGUCCCCUGGCUUUGACGCCCCGGGGCUGAACACCUACAGCGUGCUGCGUGUGCCGCGCAAGCCCGUGUUCUACAGCUGAGCCCCUGCUCCCCCUGCUGCCUCCCACUCCGUGUCUUACCAGCCUCUCCUGCCUCUGUGGCUUCGUGGAUGCCAUUCAAAAGGGAAGGAUGGAGGCAAACGGCUCUUUGGCCAAGCAGAUCCUUCCCGUUUUUUAAGGUUUUGUUGAUUUUGUCACUGGCCCCCAGCAGUGCACAACAGGCCAGCUGGCACCUGGAUAUACCUGCAGGAAAAAGAAGUGGGAAUGUGCUGCAAGGAUGUGUUUGGAUGCC